AUGCCAAGGAUUAAUAUUAAGGGCGGCGUUUGGAGAAAUACAGAAGAUGAAAUCCUCAAGGCUGCCGUAAUGAAGUAUGGCAAAAACCAAUGGGCUCGUAUUGCUUCUCUUCUUCACCGAAAAUCCGAUAAACAAUGUAAAGCUCGCUGGUAUGAAUGGCUCGAUCCAAGUGUCAAGAAGACUGAAUGGAGCAGGGAGGAGGAUGAGAAGCUCCUUCAUUUGGCUAAACUGAUGCCCACUCAAUGGCGAACCAUUGCUCCCAUCGUUGGUCGAACUGCUAACCAGUGUCUGGAGCGCUACGAGUAUUUACUAGACAAAGCACAAAAUAUCGACAUGAGCUCUCGUGAUGAUCCUCGUCGCUUAAGACCGGGGGAGAUCGAUCCAACUCCAGAAACCAAACCCGCACGUCCGGACCCUGUGGAUAUGGACGAAGAUGAAUUAGAAAUGCUCUCGGAGGCUAGAGCUCGUUUGGCUAACACACAGGGCAAGAAGGCGAAAAGAAAGGCGCGUGAACGUCAGCUUGAAAUUGCUCGUCGAAUGGCGAUGAUGCAAAAACGUAGGGAGUUACGUGCGGCUGGUUUGGCCUCCACUAUUGCACCAUUGGUCAACAAGAACGUAUUCAUCGACUAUAACCGCGAAAUUCCAUUUGAGAAGCAACCACCUAAGGGUUUCCAUGACACUAGUCGUGAAUUUCCUGAGUCAAAGCCCAUAAAUUUCGAUAGACUACGUUUGGGCGACAUUGAAAAGGAGCCGUUCAUGGAGCGGGAGAAGCGUGAACGAAAGAAAGAUGCUGAACGUCAAGCCAAGCGGUUAGAGUCAGAUUUACCUGGCGCCUUGCUGGCUCGUGAAAAGGAUAACGGUGAACCUGUGGUUAAACGCUCCAAAUUGGUGCUCCCCGCACCACAGAUAUCCGAUUUGGAGUUAGAGAAUCUAGUCAAGGUAGGACAGGCCGGUGAGAAUGCGAUGAGAAUGGCCUUGGAAGACUCGCGCUCCGAUGCCAUGGCAACACAGACGCUUCUUUCAGAGUAUCACAAGGGUGGCGGUAAUGAUUCAACCUUUGCAACACCUCUUCAUCUACUGGCUAAGACACCACAAAUUGGGACCGACACUAUCAUUCAGGUAGGAAUUUAG